AUGCCGCGACGCACUGGCGACGCGACGGUGCUCGAGCUGGACAGCGUUGCUGACACCGCAGGCGGCAGCUGGCACAUGCCCUUGGCGCUUGCAGAGGCACUCGCAGCGGCCGAGGCUACCGUCGCGCAAUUCGGCCACGGUGAGGUCCCCGAGCCCUGUGGCUGGCGGCGCGACCGCCGCCGCACCUGGCACAUCUGGCGCUUUUUCGGUUGCGGCACGCUGAUCGACCUCGGCCAGGUGCCCUGCCGGCUGCGACGGCGGGUGGUCUACUCGCUCGGCAUGCCUCGUGCGGUGCUUGAGAAUGUCCGCGCGCAGGUGCUGCUGUGCGUGCUCAUUGGCGCGAGCAUCGGCUACCCGCUCAUUAUCGCCUACGUCUCGGCCGCCCGCAACAGCCACCCAAUCACCCCGCCCAUUCUGUGGAGCCGCUGGUACCAUCCGCUGCCGCUCAACGCGUGCGUCGGCUUCCUGACGCUCUGCCUCGGGAGCCUGCAGCUCGGCAUGCUGCAAGACGGGACACCGAUGCGAGUUGGGCGGCUUGGCGCACUGAGCACGGUGGCGCCAGUGCAGGGCUUCCACGUGAUGGUGUCGUACGGCUCAGAGGCCACCGCUUGCGCGCGUUCCCUCGCGUCGGUGCUGAGCGCCAGCUCUCUCUUUGUGUGGCUCGACACCUACCGGCUCGAAAACGGCUUCACCGCGGCGCACGCGGCGCACGCCGCUGCGCGCGACGCCGCCUUCCUCGUCCUGCUGCUCACGCCGCAGUACCUCUCCUGCCCGCGCCGCUGCGUCGAGCUGCUGGCCGCGCUGCGCCGGCCGCCGCAGCACACGCUCGUUUGGCUUGAUGCGUCGGCCGACUGGUCGGGCUGCGCGCAGGCGCCCGAGAGCGGCGCGGACUUUGCGGCGCGGCUUCAGGAGUGGCUGGCGGCGCAGGGCUUCCGCGUGGUCACCACGUCGCUCGCGACGCUCCUGCGCAGCCUCGACGCCGCCCUCAUGUCGCGCGAGGACUACCACGCCGAGUGGUGGCGCAGGCAGCGACUCUCUCCAUCAAUGCACACGCGCGCGCCGCUCGGCAAGGACGUCGUCGCCCUCCCCUCUGUCGGGCGCGGCCGCCUCCUCGGCGGACGGGUCUCGCUCUGGGGACGGCUGCUGGUCCCCGCCGGCGCCGUCUCCUCGGGCCUCGACGCCCUCUCGGCGGACGGCUCCCGCUGCGACCGCCUUUUUGCGGUGCCGUUCCAGUUCCUCCUCGGCCUCGCGGGCGCAGUCGGGAUCGCGGCCGUAUUCCUCAGGUCCGUGGAGUACACCUGGCAGGAUGAGACUGUCGACGUGCUCUCGUUUGGUAUUCUCCUAGCCACGUGCGUGCUCGGCUGGCGGCUGAGCUUGCUCGCGUGCACGACAGCCGACGCGCGCCUCGCGCACUCUCCGGCUUUGCUGCCGCUUUUGCUCGCUUCCUCCGAAAUGGAGCUGAGCCGGACCCGCCUCUGCUUCAUCACCUCGCGCGCCACGGCCGAGCCGCUGCGCCGAUUCCUCGAGACGCUCGGCAUCUCGAGCGAUGUCGCGCCAAUUGACGCUCUCGCCGAGCUUGAGCCGCGCACGCUGCACAUCUUCCUCCUCGAGAGCCGAACGGAGGCCGAAAUGUACGUCGCAAAGUUUGCCGGGCGGCACGUUGAGCGGCAGAUGCUCGUCGCGGGCGGCGAGGCGCGCCCGCUCGUCACCUCUUACUCUGCCAUCGAGCUGGACAAGAGCUUCGCUCGACGCUUCUUUGAGGCCGUUUCGGGCAAGAUCGUCCGCUUGGGGCGCUCGGGUUGCGACGGAGCGGAGGGGGUGAGCGAGGCCGACGCGCCCGCCGCCGAGGCGGAGCUCCUCGAGGCGAGCCGCGGUGCGCUGCCGUCCCCGGUGCCGGUCCAGGUCCACUGGCACAAGGCGCACGAGGCGGGCGGCAUGGGCGGCGUGGUGGGCGGCGGAGAAGCGAUUGCAGUCGCGAACACGACCGCCAAGGUGGGCCGCGGCAAGGUCGUCUGCCUUGGUCUGCCCUGGCCUGCUUACACCACGCUCGGAUGCUCGACGCGGCUCGCCGGCGCGUUUUGGGUCUUUCUUCUCGUACUCAUUCUGGCCGAGGCGGUGCUGGACGACCUCCCCCUCUCCCUCUACAUCCUCACCCUCCCCUGCUACCUGACGACGAUGCUGGGCUGCCUCCUCCUCGGCGCCUUUGCCUUUAUUCGCCCACCCACCCGCUUCGGGCGCCUCCUCGCGCUCGCCGCGCUGCGCCAGCCCGAGGCGUACCACGUCUUUGUCUCGUACGGUGGGCGCGAGGCGGCAGACCGUGCCUCCGCGAUCGCGUACACGCUCAACAGCGGCGGCGUCAACGUGUGGCUCGACGUGCAGCGCCUCGAGAAUGGAUGCUCCGUCCUCCACGCGGCGCACGCCGCUGCGCGCGACGCCGCCUUCCUCGUUCUGCUGCUCACGCCGCAGUACCUCUCCUGCCCGCGCCGCUGCGUCGAGCUGCUGGCCGCGCUGCGCCGGCCGCCGCAGCACACGCUCGUUUGGCUCGAUGCGUCGGCCGACUGGUCAGGUUGCGCGCAGGCGCCCGAGAGCGGCGCGGACUUUGCGGCGCGGCUUCAGGAGUGGCUGGCGGCGCAGGGCUUCCGCGUGGUCACCACGUCGCUCGCGACGCUCCUGCGCAGCCUCGACGCCGCCCUCAUGUCGCGCGAGGACUACCACGCCGAGUGGUGGCGCAGGCAGCGCGUGCACGAGCAGCUUCAGCUCCACUCGAACCUCGCCUCCUAUUUUACCCGCGAUCUUUACGGCCGCGCCGAGAAGAGGGUCUCGUUGCGGGGGGCGCUGUACGUGCCCAAGCGGGCAAUCUCCUCCGGGCUGCACGUCCUCUCCGCAGACGGAUCGACGUGCCGUCCCGUCUUCAACGUGCCCACAAAGAUGCUGCUAGCCGCGGGGUACGUCACCCUCGCGGCCGCUGUGGCGGUUAUUGACGUUGCGCGCCUCGGUUGGCUGCCGCUGAUUGGCUGGUCCUUCCUGCUCCCGCUGAGCGCGAGCCUUGCCGCGAGCCUCCGCGACGCCGACGCCCGGCUCUACCACUCGCAAGCGCUCCUCCCGACGUUGCUCAUCUCUGCGGAGCUGAGCGUCGACCAGCGGCAUGGCGCCCCGCAACGGCACACGCUCCACACCGCCCCGGCGCGCAGCGUCCAGGUGAUAUUUGCCGCGUCGAGCUGCUCGCCGCUGGCGCCACUCCGCGCCUUUUUGCACGGGCUGGGUAUCUCGAGCAGCACCACCGCCCUCGACGGGGUGCCCGAGGACUUGCCGCAGUCUACGCUCCACAUCUUUUUCGUCCAGACCGCGUCGGACGCCGAAGCGUACCUCGGCCGCUUUGCUGGCCGGCAGUGCGAGCGGCAGAUGUUGACCGCCGCCGCGUCCGCGGCGCCUCUCCUCUCGGCCUUUGCUUGUGUGCCCCUCGACGGCGAGUUUGCUCGAAACUUCUUUGAAGCUUUCGCGGCCAAGCUCGCCAAGCUCGCCCACAUGCAACGAGGGUCGCAGGCUGCGGCGGACGGGGACGGCGCCGCCAGCCUCCGCGUCUGA